GGUGACGGAGUGCUUAAUCUUCACAAGAACACCUUCUUUUUGUAGGUGUUGUGUUGAAGGGUGAGGUUGGUGUAGCGCGGUGCUGUGUGGAGACAGGAUUAGAACAGGCGUAUUGAGGACAAGUCUGCAUGGAAUUCGACAGCAAGCGUGAGGAAUGAGACCAUUCUGCAGCGAUAAUAAACCCUUAAUAUCGCCACCGGUGAACACGUGGUUUGCAUGCUGUAAUAAUCGUUUAAAAUUCGGACGCAAAUAUUUUAUUUUGAAAUGAGCUGAAAUAGUUUUUCAUAGAACUGGUACCGUAUUGCAGUAAAAUAAGUAAAACCACGUUAAACGAGUUAAAGUCGAUAGCAUUCUUCUUUACAGUAUAAUCAGCGUGUGUUAUGUAUUUCAAAUGUUGUUGAUUUCCUUUGAGUGAUAAAAAAAAGUAUACAAUAAUUUGAAAACUAGUUACCGGAACGUUUACAGGCACGGUUAUUUUUUAAAAUAUAAAUGUGUGUAUUACUGUGUUAAAUAACAUAACAUGCAGUCUUGUAUAAUACAAACAUAUUCUCAAAUACACAACUUUAACAUUCAUACAUGUGCAAUUCUAAACCCCAAACCCCUACCUUCAGUGAGAAUUAUUACAUCGUAGGAACAGUAAGAGAACAAAUGUUUCAACAUUUUUUAAAAGUCGCUGUAGUGAGCCGUCAGUAAUAUAUAAUUGAAAGUUUCCAUUAUCUGUCCGGUAGAGCCUCUCCAGCUGUAAUAUUUGACAGUAAUUAUUGCCUAAUAUAAAUUUGUCUAAAACAUUUGCCCCAGAACUACUGCCCUAUCGCGGAUCUCUCUCUCUCUCUCUAGUUGAAAGCGCGGGUCCGGUGCGGUUUUAUUUCAUUUCAAAUUGCUCUGAGUUUUAACAGCUCCCCCUCAAACUCACUCGCUCGUCCUGGCGCUGUUUUGAUGUCUGUUUCAUUGAACCGGUCUGUAUAUUUGGAAUUGUAAUUCAUUCUUUAAUUUGCUUUUAUAAGCUUUCAUAUUGCUGUGACGCUGGUUUGAAACAGCUGGCUGGGUUGGCUUUACUUUUUAAUUUCAGUUUUCAGUUGCCUAUUUUAAAUCCUAGUAUUGUGGUCUGGUCUGUCUUAAUGUAAUACAGUUUUAAGACCAAACAGACGAGAUUUCUUUCAUUUUGUAAGUUUUGCUUUUCAAAGUACUCAGAGUUUUAUGUUAAACAUUGUUCUUAUACAGAGCAUGAUUCUGCUUGGAAUUUAGUUUUCACGAUGUUUCAGUUAUUUGUGCACAGCCCCCUCUUCUCUGUGUACUGUUUGCCCCUGUGAUAAACGCAGGUAAAACGAAUGUCUAACACACUUCUGGGACAGGGAGAGCAGUUUCUGGAUGCAGCGCUGUGCUUUUCCAGGUUAUUUUAAGGUUGUUUUCUUAAGGCUAAGAGCAGCUGGUUCCCAUCUGAGCCUAAUCUGAUUAAUUUUAGUGCAAUUAUUCUUUCUUGCCUUGAAAUGUUUUCUGAUGAUCUGGAAUCAGAAGGAGAGGGAUGUUUGGGGUUGCUCCAGCGUUUUAUACCUUUCUAUAUUUUCUCAUUUCGAACUUGGUUCAACUUGUGUUGAAUUUCCAUCUGUGGCUGGAGUCACUGCUGCAGCUCUAGAUGUGAACGGCUGAACCUGUCUGUUCACGUUGCUGCUGGAGAACACGGUUCGUUUCACAUGAACUGGGCAUACUGUGUGCUACAGGUAAAGGCACGUUUUCGUAUUCCCAUCUCCUCGCCUCACAGCUCCGUACGGUUCCACGAAUGACACCAGGAGAGAAGCUAGCAGCUGGUUGUAAUACCUUCCAUUUUAUCACGAAUGUCAAGCGUUGAGUUCAGGAAUGGGUUUGGAUCCCUUCGGUUCUGUGUAUUUCGGGCUGAUGGCAGCGGCUUGGUGGUGCUUGUUCGGUCCAUGAUGGGUACAGGAUGGCAUCAGCGCGGAUUUAUCGUGGGUGACGGAAUGAAGGAGAAAGAUCUCUUUGAUCUUGCUGUGGUUUUAUAUGCCAUUCCAAAUCAAGUCGUCGUGGCGACGCCUUCAAUCUUUAGCAGCACCUGCUUGUGCUAAUGGCCGUAGGAUGGCAGUCCAUUCCUCAUGGUCUACAAUGAAAAGGUCCUCUGAAAAAUGAUCUGAUUAUUUUAAUAUAUCCGUCUUAAGCCCAAGAGAGUCGCGGUUUGAAAGGAAGCCACUGAACCAGACAGAAGGAGGCUAGGAGAGUUUAGGACAUUCAAAUCGCACGCUUGGGUUCAGAGACAUGUCCAGCACGGUGAGCGUUUUCAAAGUUCGCUCUUACUUAAGCGUUUUCUUAUAUGCAUUACUAAUGUUGUCCCAGGCGCGGCUGAAUUGAUCAGAAUGAUCAUUAAAUCCGGUACAUUGUCUUUGUUUUUAAGUGUGUGUUUAAUUCAUUUUCUCACUGUUUGGCAAGCACGAUCGUCCUUUCACAACUGGCUUAUCAAGGUAAUUGUAGCGUCCUGAAAGUGAGCAGUUUGCAGAUCGUGCUAUAUACAUGGGGUGAAGAUUUCACCUCUUUUGCUGUAAGGUGUUUUAAACCCACAACCCCAAAUCGAAGCCCCCAUCCAAGCAUAUUUAGUGCACAAUGUCAAUAUGCAUUGCUAAUACCUGUAGUGUACUAAUAGACUAUGCUUUAUAUACCAGGAGUAUAAUCUCAUGUGGGGGGAAGGCAGGGUAUUAUGUACUGUAGUCUUUAUAUAUAUAUAUAUGGAAAAUACCCCAGCAAUUACCCCCCUCCCACACGCAUUCACCCAAGCGAGCGAGUAAGUGCGUCAAGUGGAAACUACGACUUCAUGAUUGCGUUAAAUCAGAGAAUCCACAGAAAGGGCAGCAUUACCCGGCGUUGCUUUCCAUCGUGUGUCGUCAGGAUCUCAAGUUGAAUUCAAUACACUCGACCUGCCAAGCAAAACCGAGCCACAGCUCUGUGUGGACAACCCCGCCUUCCUAAGGUCUGAGGAGGACGAAUCUGACCAAUCACAGCAGCCACAGCCGCAGCAGCGCAGGAAAAGGGAGGGGCAUCCUGCUCAGCACAGCCAAUCCCGUGGGCUUUCUGGUCCUUCUUCUUCCACUGCAGCAGAUGGGCGCCACGGAAACGGAAACAACAGCAGUACUAGUAGCACCACGCCCAUAGCUGUCGCCAUGGAGAUGAACGAGCCAAUGAUGAGAGAGAGCAGCCCCCUGAGCUCCGCCCCUGAGAACGAGGGCCUGCAAGAGAAGGGGCGGCUGAUUCGGGGGGACAAUGGUGCCCCCCAGGGGACAGAGAAGGAGUUUGCAGGGGAGAAGGGAAGCGUUUCUAACGGGUACCCAUCGGCCACACAGAGCCCUGGAGAGGGGGGCACGGUGGCAAUGCCAGGCUGCCCUCGGACUCUCGUAGUGCAACAGACCCCUGGCAGCCACCGGGAGACCUGGAGCAAGAAGAUGGACUUCCUGCUGUCUGUGAUUGGCUACGCCGUGGACCUGGGGAACGUGUGGCGCUUCCCAUACAUCUGCUACCAGAACGGAGGGGGUGCUUUCCUCCUGCCCUACCUGCUGAUGGCGCUGUUUGGAGGGGUGCCCCUGUUCUACAUGGAGCUGGCUCUGGGGCAGUACCAUCGCAGCGGCUGCAUCUCCAUCUGGAAGCACAUCUGCCCCAUCUUCAAAGGUAUUGGCUUCGCGAUCUGCAUCAUCGCUCUCUACAUCGCCUUCUAUUACAACACCAUCAUGGCCUGGGCGAUGUACUACUUCCUGUCCUCCUUCAACUACCAGCUGCCCUGGACCAGCUGCGGGAACCCGUGGAACACCAUCAACUGCACCAACUACCUGCAGAGCGGCGACAACGUGACCUGGGAGCCUCACUCCAUCUCCCCCGCGGAGGAGUUCUAUACGCGUCGGGUGUUGCAGGUCCAUCGCUCGGGGGGGCUGCACGACCUGGGCUCUGUCAGCUGGCAGCUGGCUCUGUGCCUGCUCUUCAUCUUCACCAUCGUCUACUUCAGCAUCUGGAAGGGCGUCAAGACCUCCGGCAAGGUGGUUUGGGUCACAGCUACUUUCCCCUAUGUGGUGCUGCUGGUGCUGCUGGUUCGAGGAGCGACCCUGCCGGGGGCGUGGAGGGGAGUCGUCUUCUAUCUGAAACCUGACUGGAGCAAACUGUUGAGCACGACGGUGUGGGUUGAUGCUGCAGCUCAGAUCUUCUUCUCCCUCGGACCCGGGUUCGGGGUCCUGCUCGCUUUCGCCAGCUACAACCCCUUCCACAACAACUGCUACAAGGAUGCCAUUGUGACCAGCUCCAUCAACUGCCUGACCAGCUUCAUGUCCGGCUUCGUUAUCUUCACCGUGCUCGGAUACAUGGCGGAGAUGAGGCACCUGGAGGUGUCCGAGGUGGCCAAGGACACGGGACCCAGUCUGCUCUUCAUCACCUACGCAGAAGCCAUCGCUAACAUGCCCGCCUCCACCUUCUUCGCAAUCAUCUUCUUCCUCAUGAUCAUCACGCUCGGACUCGACAGCACAUUUGCAGGGCUGGAGGGUGUGAUCACGGCUAUGAUGGAUGAGUUUCCUGACCUGCUGUCCAAGCGCAGGGAGUUGUUUGUUCUCGGGAUCAUCUCUGUGUGCUUCCUGGGGGCUCUCACCACCCUGACCUACGGAGGUGCCUACGUGGUCAAGCUGUUUGAGGAUUAUGCCACGGGCGCGCCCGUCAUCAUUGUGGUCUUCCUUGAGGUCAUUGCAGUCUCCUGGUUCUACGGGAUGCCUCGGUUCUGCCGCGAUGUCCAGUUGAUGCUGGGUUUCAGUCCAGGCUGGUACUGGAGGAUCUGCUGGGUGGCAAUCUGCCCCAUCUUCCUGCUGUUCAUCAUCUGCAGUUUCCUGGUGUUUCCCCCGCAGCUCAAGCUGUUUCACUAUGACUAUCCCCCCUGGUCCACCGUGCUGGGGUACUGCAUCGGGAUCUCCUCUUUCAUCUGUGUGCCAGCCUACAUGGUGUACCUGCUCGUGGUCACCCCGGGCACUUUAAAACAGCGCCUGCUGAAGAGCAUCACUCCCGAGCCUGGCAUAGAGAUCCCGCGCUGUGACAUCAUCACCAACGCAGUGUAACGCGCCACAGACGGCACCAGGCACAUGCCCCACCACACAGAGCAGCCAGGAGCCGGAGCGCAGAACAUUACUGUCCAGAGCUGGGCUAUGGAGACCCACGCUGGGACCUGCGCAGCUGCUGGGGGUCAUUGCAUUCAUAAAAAGGAGACUUACAAGUUACCAUGCGUUUUAGCAAUGUGCAAAGUUAGGUACGUUCUCAUUUUUUUUUUUUAAAGAAUCGUCACAGACUCAUAAAAUAAGGGUUACAGCAACUUGUUAUAUUUUAAGCAAGUUACUAAGCGAUAUAGCAAGUUGCGCAAAUCUUUGCAAGUCCAUCCGCAGCUGCAAAACAAAUGAGAACGAGGCUAAAAAUUAAGCAGAUUGCAAAAACGCGUUAGCUUUUUUAAAUACAGCCCUGUGUAUUUCCAAAGAGAGUGAGAGAGAGAGAGAGAGAGAGAGAGAGAGAGAGAGAGAGAGAGAGAGAGAGAGAGAGAGAGAGAGGUCAGUGCUGUGAAAUGUUAGUGAAAAUUUGUCAGUAAAAAGAUUAUCAAUAUUCAAUGUAGAGAGACUGUGUAUACUGAAUGAGAGACAGUGAUGUUGUUUUUUUUUAAACCAGGUUUACUUUAUUACAAUAUUUAAAAGAAAUCGUAACGUAUCCUCUGUUUUUUCACGUGCAGCUCAACUUUUAUACAUUAAUGUGAUUACGUCAGUUUGCAAGCUCCUCCCACGGCUCUGAUUGGUUAUUCUGCCUGCCGUGUUUUUAGGAUUCUUGCAAAGACGUUUCUGCUUCGCACGUGUGCAGAAGUGUGGUAAAAAGUUUGGAAAUUGAAGCACAUUGCACUUAAUGCUCACAUUUUUACAACACAUGCUCUGCAACGGUGCCUUUGCAAGGAUCCUGCAAACACUGCCGACAGACCAACCAAUCAAGAACGAGACCUCGCUGAGCAACAACCACCUUUUCUGCAUCAAAACUGUGGGAGGUGUCAAGAACCGUCUCCUCUGAUUGGGUGGAUCGCUUGCUCCCAGUAUAACAUGCUGCUCCUUGGAGGCAUGUCCAAAGCACAUCUCAAGAAACCCGAGUCCAGUUCUGUUUAAAUGUGGAGUGUGAAUGUACAGGAACAGGGCAGUUUGUGUGUAAAUUCAUUUUGUCUUUUGUCAGAAAAAUGUAAUAAGACUUUAUGACAAACCUCUUACUUCUAUACACUGGCUUUUAAUCCCUCCAUUAACAUAGAAUAUAAUUCUGUAUUUAUUCUUCGUAGAAGCGCUGCUAAGUGUUGAUUUAUUCUUUUUGUAGAAAAGAAUAAAUCCUGUAGAAAAACCUGGGUUCCACUGAAAUGCGUGGGACAAACUGGACAAACUAAAAUGCUGAGUUUCUACCAACUUGGCCCAAUAAUCAUGCAUAACGUAGUCGACUAGCCGGUCCACUACGCUAUGAACCAUGAGAAAUGUGCAGAAAGGAAAAAAGAACAGCUGCAAUUAAAAUUCCUCCUUGUCCAGUGAGAACACAGCGAACGCGCUCUGACUGUGCAGAAACAGGAGCUGUAACCAUUCCCCCAAAGGAAACGCUAGGAUUCUGAGAGCUGGCUUUUCAAUGAUUUCAUCCUGGGUAUGUGUGAGGACAGCAUCCCCUUUACUGUAUGUGUACUCUGUACUGCACGACAUCGUAAUUGUAUUUAUCAACCUGUUCUUGUUCGAUAUAAAUGUGUAAAAAGACUGAGUUUUAAUUAAGUCUGUUAUCAUGAUCUGUUGUAAAUCUCUAUUGUAAUGAAUUAUAUAAACAUAAAUGGUCUAUGAUGAAGGAAGUGGAAAA